CCCCAAUAUUCGCCAGAAUCCCAGCCAGAGAAGGUCUCAUCAUGGUGGAAGCGACCCGCGCCGAGACGAAGUCCCUGGACGAACAGAUCAGCCGCCUGCGGCGUGCGGAGAACCUCACUGAGAAUGAGGUCAUGGAAUUGUGUAAGAAGGCCAAGGAAAUCUUGAGCGCCGAGUCCAAUGUGCAGCCCGUGCGUUGCCCCGUGACCGUGUGUGGCGACAUCCAUGGCCAGUUCUACGACUUGCUCGAAUUAUUUUGCAUUGGCGGACAAUGCCCCGACACGAACUACCUCUUCAUGGGAGAUUACGUCGAUCGAGGGUAUUACUCAUUGGAAAGCGUGUCGCUGCUUGUUGCCCUCAAGGUGCGCCACCGUGAACGCAUUACGAUUUUGCGCGGCAACCAUGAAAGCCGUCAAAUCACGCAAGUGUAUGGGUUCUACGACGAGUGCCUGCGCAAGUACGGCAACGCAAACGUGUGGAAGUACUUUACGGACCUCUUUGACUUUUUGCCAAUGACGGCGUUGAUCGAGAACCGCGUGUUCUGCAUGCACGGUGGAUUGUCGCCCAGCAUUGACACGUUGGACCAUGCGCGCGCAUUGGAUCGCGUGCAAGAAGUGCCGCACGAAGGACCGAUGUGCGACUUGGUAUGGAGUGACCCCGAUGACCGGUGUGGAUGGGGCAUUUCCCCCCGUGGUGCCGGCUACACAUUUGGCCAAGAUAUCACGGAACAGUUCAAGCGAAGCAACGGGCUCACGUUCAUCGCUCGCGCCCAUCAGCUCGUCAUGGAGGGAUACCAAUGGACGCACAAUCGUGGCGUCGUGACGAUCUUUAGUGCACCCAACUACUGCUACCGCUGUGGGAACCAGGCCGCUCUGAUGGAAAUCGACGAAGUGAUGGCCGACCGUGGUGGCGACAAGGUGUAUGACACGUGCAAGUUUAUCCAGUUCGACCCGGCGCCGCGGGACCACACGUUCAACGAGAAGAAGCGCACGCCAGAUUACUUCCUUUAGGUCGCCUCCUCCUCCUCAACAACCGAUACACUUGGAUGCUCUCCUCUUUCUUGCAUGUUAAACAACCCAUCGCAGCGCCCGAUCUCGCGUUGUUCUUGCUUCGAUGUAGCGUCUGGCAGCCUAAAGCCUCCAUGAGGCGACUCGUGCCAAUGCGCGUCAUCUUCCGCAAGAGA